AUGUCUGUUGAAGAAGUUAGCAAGAAGUUUGAAGAAAACGUCUCAGUCGAUGAUACCACAGCUACUCCUAAGACUGUUUUAAGUGACAGUGCUCACUUCGAUGUCAAGCACCCAUUGAACACCAAAUGGACUUUAUGGUACACAAAGCCAGCCGUUGAUAAAUCUGAAUCGUGGUCUGAUCUAUUACGUCCUGUGACUUCAUUCCAAACUGUUGAAGAAUUCUGGGCUAUCAUUCAAAAUAUUCCUGAGCCACAUGAACUACCAUUGAAAUCAGAUUACCAUGUUUUCCGUAAUGACGUUAGACCUGAAUGGGAAGAUGAAGCCAACGCCAAAGGUGGUAAAUGGUCUUUCCAACUUAGAGGCAAAGGUGCUGAUAUUGACGAAUUAUGGCUAAGAACUUUACUAGCAGUUAUUGGUGAAACCAUUGAUGAAGACGACUCCCAAAUUAAUGGUGUCGUUUUAAGCAUUAGAAAAGGUGGUAACAAGUUUGCCUUAUGGACCAAAUCUGAAGAUAAAGAACCACUCUUGAGAAUUGGUGGUAAAUUCAAGCAAGUUUUAAAAUUAACCGAUGACGGGCAUUUGGAAUUCUUUCCACAUUCCAGUGCCAAUGGUAGACACCCUCAACCAUCAAUCACCUUGUAA